AUGAAGCACAAUAAUCAGCUUCCGAAUGUCCACCUUCGUAAGCAUUGGCAAGUUCGAGUAAAGACAUGGUUUGAUCAAGCUGGCCGAAAGCAUCGCCGUCGUCUUAAUCGCCAAAAAAAGGCAGCUUUAGUUGCACCUCAUCCAUUGGAUUCACUCCGUCCAGCUGUGAGAUGCCCAACUAUUCGUUACAACACCAAGCUCAGGGAAGGUCGUGGAUUUACUUUUGAAGAAAUUAAGGCUGCUGGACUUGAUAAGCAUCAUGCUCGCCGUAUUGGAAUUUCUGUCGAUCAUCGCCGUCGAAACCGUUCAGCUGAAUCCCUUGAGAUGAACGUACAGCGCCUCAAGGCAUAUCUUUCGAAAGUUGUUAUUCUCGACGCUAAAAAAAAGGAACAGCCUAUGGGAGAUUCUACCAAGUCCAUUUGUGCUGUUCUCCCUGUCCCUAAAAACACUUUUCAGCCGGAAUCUUCUCGCCAAGUAACAGCAGCAGAGGCAGCAGCUUGUGCUUAUGAGACUCUCCAUAAUGCCCAUCUUACCGCUCGCUACGUCGGAAUUCGCGAGAAGCGCGCCAAAGCCAAGGAAGAAGAGGAAGCCAUUAAAAAGAAGUAA